CCCCCUUGGGAAAGUACAUAUCUGGGAGCAGCAGGCGGCUCUGCGCUCGCACUCCGGCUCCGCCGCUUCACCGCGCGCUCGCCUCCCUGCUCCCGCCGCAGCCCCAGGGCCCCUCGCCGCCGCCACCAUGGACGCCAUCAAGAAGAAGAUGCAGAUGCUCAAGCUCGACAAGGAGAACGCCUUGGAUCGAGCGGAGCAGGCGGAGGCAGAUAAGAAGGCAGCGGAGGAUAGGAGCAAGCAGCUGGAAGAUGAGCUGGUGUCGCUGCAAAAGAAACUCAAGGCCACCGAAGAUGAACUGGACAAAUACUCUGAGGCUCUCAAAGAUGCCCAGGAGAAGCUGGAGCUGGCGGAGAAAAAGGCCACCGACGCUGAAGCCGACGUAGCUUCUCUGAACAGACGCAUCCAGCUGGUUGAGGAAGAGUUGGAUCGUGCCCAGGAGCGUCUGGCAACAGCUCUGCAGAAGCUGGAGGAGGCCGAGAAGGCAGCAGAUGAGAGUGAGAGAGGCAUGAAAGUCAUUGAGAGCCGAGCCCAAAAGGAUGAGGAGAAGAUGGAGAUUCAGGAGAUCCAGCUGAAAGAGGCCAAGCACAUCGCUGAGGAUGCUGACCGCAAGUAUGAAGAGGUGGCCCGUAAGCUGGUCAUCAUUGAGAGUGACCUGGAGCGUGCAGAGGAGCGGGCUGAGCUUUCAGAAGGCAAAUGUGCCGAGCUUGAAGAAGAGUUGAAAACUGUGACGAACAACUUGAAAUCACUGGAGGCUCAGGCUGAGAAGUACUCGCAGAAGGAAGACAAAUACGAGGAAGAGAUCAAGGUCCUUUCUGACAAGCUGAAGGAGGCUGAGACUCGGGCUGAGUUUGCGGAGAGGUCAGUAACUAAAUUGGAGAAAAGCAUUGAUGACUUGGAAGAUCAACUCUACCAGCAACUUGAGCAAAACCGCCGCCUAACUAACCAACUAAAGCUGGCCCUGAAUGAGGAUUAAACUUAAGUGGGGAAGAACCUGGGCUGAAUUCUAGGAAUGCAGCCCGUGUCAGGAAAUAUAAGACUGUCAAACCUUCAGAUAGUAGGGUUGGAAGUGAUUGCUUUCUGUAGAAUUCUGCAGAAUUGAACAUGAAUCAGUUGAAGGGUUGGCCUUGCCUGCAAUUUUCCUCUUAUAUCUGGAAUAAUUAAGUUCUCUUUAAUCCCCAAACUGCUUUUAUGGUAAAAUUACAUCUGUGUAUAUGGAUCAAUGUUUAUAAUCAGUUCAGCACUCAUCUUUGCAAUAGCAGGUCCUCUUGUUUGGACUGAUGCAUAAUGAGAACCAAAAAAAUGUUUUCUAUUUCCUACAGAGAACUGAGUCUUGCUUAAAAUUAGAAAGUCAAAGCAGAGGGAUGUGUAUCAGCAUAUAUAUAUAUAUAUAUAUAUAUAUAUAUAUAUGUAACAUAUAUAGGAUAUGAUAUAUAUAAUAUAUAUUCCUAUUACAUAUUCAUAUUUCUCACUUCUAAGUAUCUGGUAUAGUGUUUGAAAUAUGAUUAAAUGUACCUAUGCUUGGGCAAAAUAGCUUUUGAAAACAGGAGUUCAUGUCAGAAGUCCCCGAUUGUCUGAAAGGUAUGCUUUUAUUUAGUCUUAACAGUGUUGUUGGAAUCUGGUGAGAAUGUCAUGCUAAUAAUAAAUAGAACACUGUGAGAAUAAUAAGAGAAUGUCCUAUGGAGUGUGCAUGAAACAUGUUGGUUAUUUUUUUUUUAAACAAGCAACAGAAAUAAAUCCUUGAAACGUUGUCAGAAGGCCUAGUUAUGUCAUCUUUGUUUUCUCUGAGAUUGUGUUACAACACAACUCUCGGGCCUUAGCUGCCUGUAACUCAGAAAUGUCUGCUGCUGUUAUAACUUGAGUGCUGCGCGCACCUCUCCUGGUUCCCACAGCACAUGAGCAGUGAGCACCCACCAGCCCCACCUGCGUUUUGUUCCCCGGGGAUUGCUGGUGGAGAGUCACCUGGCCGCUCUGUGAGAGCCUGCUGUGCCUGCGGUUUCUCCAGGUCCAGGACAGCGUCCCCUUCGUAGGUCCCUGUCUGGAAAUGAGUCAUGUCUUACGAGCAUGCCCAGUCCUAAUCAUCUCAUCCUGUGUUUGUGAUUGAUGUUUGCCUGCCUAAGUGUACAAACCACCGCUGUGUCCAAAGCUCAGCUAUUCAUGACUUAAUUUUCUAAUCCCACCACAGAGAAAGUGGCUCAUGCCAAAGAAGAAAACCUUAGUAUGCACCAGAUGCUGGAUCAGACUUUACUGGAGUUAAACAACAUGU